AUGGCGUACGACCCGUGCGACCAUUCCGUGUGUGUCCGCUCGGAGCCUGAGUACGGCACCAUCUGGGUGGACGCCGACCGAGUCUCGACCGACAGUUCCCACCAGGGCCGCGGGGUCAUGCCUGGGGACCUCAUCCGGGCCUCGGUCAAGGUCGACAUCGUGCGGCCCACGGACGUGGUGGCACUGACCGUUCAAUACCGCGUCAUGCAGCGGACGAGGUGGACGGUGACGGUGCACACAAGUGCGGGGAACGGGCGCAGCCGCACGGAGACGCACUACAUAUCCGGGAAGUGCGUGAUGUUUGCGUCGGAGGACCAGGCCAUCAUCGGCCCCGGGUCGAGCACGCCGUCGAUGCACCUGGCCGCGGGGCAGCACAAGUUCGCGCCACUGGCCUUCGAGAUCCCCGACAACAUGCCGCCGACGUACUGGACGAAGCACUACGGGGACUUCGCGAGCACGCCGGGGUUCAAGCUGUCGCACGAGAUCGGCGUGAAGCUCCAGACGAAGAAACUGACUUUGUUCCCCAAUUUGAAAGGAAAAGCGAAUCUGAUUGUGCACCGGCCCUUGAAGGACCAGGCGCCCCAGGACGCGCCGAACAACCAGCCGUGGAUCAAGAAGUCCUACAUGGAUCUUGCCGUCGGCCCCUCCCACAUCCCGCCGCCCCUGUUCCGCCCCGCCGCGCUGGUCGGAGGGCAGGAGUCUCACGACGUGACCCUGACCAAGUCGAGCACGUUCGCGUGCCUGAGCUGCUGCUCCUGCGCGCAAGUGGGGGAGCUGCGCCUGACGCUGUCGGUCAGCCACGCAAGGGACCACGAGACCGAUCCGCUGCGGGGCGUGAUGGACGCGAAGCUCGUCAUCGAGAACCACACCAAGGACGCGACGCUGCUGCAAGCGAAGCUGGCGCUGCUGUACACGGAGCGCUUCCACGGAGGCGACAGGACGAUCAGCGGGGACCCGCUCGGCCACGCGAGCGGCAAGGAUGUCGAGAAGGGCGACAGGAAGGACCACGGCAGCGCCUUCGCGUUCGACUGUCCGAAGACCAUGGCGCCCCUCGAGGACGACGAGUACCGACGGCAGUUCGUCGACGGGUUCCGCGUCCCUCCCGGACAGACCGCGGCCGUGCGGUUCCAGAUCCCGAUCGGUCCGCUGGCGGGGCGCGACGUGAUGCAGACGAAGCUGUACUCCAGCCGAUUCGUCGUGGCGGUGCGGUGUUCGGACCUGGCGGUGGUUCCCGCCAAGUACGGGAUCUUCGGGAAAGAGGCGCUGCUCCUGGACCCGUUCAAAGACUGA